UUUUUAUAUCAUCUUUUUAUUGAGUUUCUUGGAGUUUUUUUUUUCUGCUUACUGAAAAGGAUAUCUCGGAGAAAUUGAAGGCACAUUGACGAGCGGACAAUUUUGGAUAGGAAGGGGAAACAGCUGUUGGUGCUAAGGAAGAAGAAGAAGAAAGAUGGAAAAGGAAGAACAACAUCUCAAAGUCGAUAAAGAGAUGGAAAAGUCCGAUGAUUUGAAGGAGAAAGAGAAGAAAGACGCAACUGAUAAAGAAAAACAUAAGGAGAGAAAGGAGGAGUCGGCGGAUGAAAAAGAAGGUGAAACAAAAGAUGUAAAAGAGAAGAAACACAAGGAAAAGGAAGAGAAAAAGGAUAAAGAAAAGAAAGACGGGAGCAAAGAGGAAUCGAAGGAAGAAACUGUGGACGAGAAGGAUGAUGAGAAAGGGAAGAAGAAGGAUAAAGAUAAGAAAAAGGAAAAGGAUAAAGAGAAGAAAGACGAGAGCAAAGAGAAGUCGGAGGAAGAAACUGAGGAAGAGAAGGAUGGUGAAAAAGGGAAGAAGAAGGAUAAAGAUAAGAAAGAGAAAAAGGAUAAAGAGAAGAAAGACAAGAGUAAAGAGAAGUCGGAGGAGGAAACUGACGAAGAGAAGGAUGAUGACAAAGGGAAGGAGGAGGAUAAAGAUAAGAAAAAGAAAAAGGAUAAAGAGAAGAAAGACAAGAAAGACAAGAGCAAACAGGAGUCGGAAGAAGAAGACAGCGAAGAAGCUGAGGACGAGAAGUAUGAUGAAGGAGGGGAGAAGAAACUCAAGAAGGUUAAGAAAGAGAAGAAAGUGAAGAUUAAAGAGGAUUCGGAAGAAGAAAAGGAUGAUGCAAAAGGCGAGAAGAAACUCAAGAUGGCUAAGAUUGAGAAAAAGGAAGAAGUAGAGGAAGAAAACGAUGAUCAAAAAGUGGAGAAGAAACUCGAGAUUGUUAAGAUAGAGAAAAAGGAAAAAGAGGAGAAAGAGAAGAGCAAAGAGGAGUUGGAAGAAGAAACGGAUGAAAAAGGGGAGAAGAAAGAGAAGAAACACAAGAAGGAAAAGAAAGAGAAAAAGGAGAAAGGAAAGAAAGAUAAGAGCAAUGAGGAGUCGGAGGAAGAAGACAAGGAAGAAACGGAGGAAGAGAAGGGUGAUAAAAAAGAGAAGAAAAAGGAUAAAGAGAAGAAACACAAGAAGGACAAGAGCAAAGAGGAGUCUGAGGAAGAGAAGGAUGAUGAAGGCGACAAGAAGAAGGAUAAAGAGAAGAAAAGCAAGAAGGACAAAGAAAAGAAAGUCAAGAGCAAAGAGGAAUCAGAUGAAGAAGCCAAGGAGAAUGCGGCUGAAGUCUCCACAAGAGACAUAAAAGGUGAGGAAGACAAGAAAGCAUCCAACAAUGAAGCAGAAGAGAAAAGUACAAAGAAGGCGACGGGGAAGGAAGGUAAAGAUGAGAAACAAAAGGAUUCGAAAAAAGAUAAAGCUGAGAAGAAGAGAAAACUCGAGGACAAGUAUAAAAGCAAAGAUCUUAGUAAGUUGAAAUCCAAGUUGGAUAAGAUCAAUGCCAAACUGGAAGCUCUUCAGCAGAAAAAAGCAGACCUCCUGAAGAGAAUAAAAGAAGCCGAGGAUAAGAACUUAGCAGCGGUUGCGAGUCCUAAAGAUGCAGAGCUGAAGACAGUAAAAGAAGCAGACGAUAAGAACUUAGCAGCGGUUGCGAGUCCUAAAGAUACAGAGCUGAAGAUGAUAAAAGCAGCAGCGGAUAAGAACUUAGCAGCGGUUGAGAAUCCUAAAGAUGCAGAGCUGAAGACAAUAAAAGAAGCAGAGAAUAAGAACUUAGCAGCGGUCGAGAGUCCUAAAGAUGCAGAGCCAAAGCCACAAGACGGAGUAGUCUCUGAACAGUGACUAGUAUAUUUUCAUAAUAUUGUUACGUAUUCCUAUACUGCGUUUAUGUAUCCUUCCCUUCCACUGUUAUGUAGAAAUGUGUCAUCUUUGUCUUAAAUAAUAACGUUAACAUACAGAUGAUAUUUGUAUUGAGUUUCAUAAUUUUUGACAGUUUGCAGUUCAUCUUUCUUAACAAA